AUGACUGUCGACGAGGACGUUUGGUGGAAGAAUGUUUCUGUUUACCAGAUUUGGCCCGCUUCGUUCAAAGAUUCCAAUGGUGAUGGAGUCGGAGAUAUUCCAGGCAUAAUAUCGACCCUUGACUAUGUCAAAAGCUUGGGAGUAGAUGUCAUUUGGUUAUCUCCAAUGUACGAAUCUCCUCAAGAAGACAUGGGAUAUGAUAUUUCUGAUUACCAAAAGAUCCAUGCGGCUUACGGUACAAUGGAGAAUAUGGACAACUUAAUACUGCAAGUACAUAAGAGAGGCAUGAGGCUAAUUCUUGAUUUGGUUAUAAACCAUACCUCUGUUGAACAUAAAUGGUUCCAAGAAUCAAGGUCGUCGAAAUUGAGCCCAAAGAGAGACUGGUAUAUUUGGAAACCUCCAAAGUACGAUGUCAACGGUAACCGUCUUCCUCCCAACAAUUGGGCCAGUGUCUUUUCAGGUAGUGCUUGGGAGUACGAUGAGUUGACGGACGAGUAUUAUUUGCAUAUUUUUGCCAAAGGACAACCUGAUCUCAACUGGGAAAAUGCAACUACGAGACAAGCGAUAUAUGAUGAGGCUAUUACAUUUUGGUUGGAAAAAGGCAUAGAUGGGUUUCGUAUUGAUACGGCUGCAAUGUACUCGAAAGACCAGACCUUUGAAGAUGUAUCUAUUGUUAAUCCAAAUUGUCAAUGGCAGCCUUGCAUUAGCAUGUAUCAAAAUGGACCAAGAAUUCAUGAGUUCCACAAAGAAAUGAACGAAAAGACGUUUUCAAGAUAUGAUGUUUUCACAGUGGGCGAAAUAGGCAGUGCUGGUGUGGAAGAAUCACUAAAGUAUGUUAGUCUGAAAGCGAACGAACUCAAUAUGAUGUUCCUGUUUGAUAUGCUUGGCAUUGGAAUUGGCAGGCCUCCUAUUUCAAAGGACUUGGUAAGGUUCAAAAGAGUGAUUAAAAAGAACUUUUUGUUGAUGGACGAAGGAGAUGGGUGGUCUACGUUCUAUCUAGAAAAUCACGAUCAGCCUCGGUCAAUUAGUGUUUUUGGUGAUGAUUCUCCCAAAUAUAGAGAACGAUCAGGAAAGCUAUUGGCGUUGUUGCAGACGACCUUGAGUGGUACCCUCUUCUUAUACCAAGGUCAAGAAAUCGGUAUGACAAAUAUUCCUAAAGAUUGGCCAAUUGAGUGCUAUGUUGACAUCGAAUCUAAAAAUUACUUCAAUGAAAAUGGUAUGGGAUCUCUUGACCAUAUCAACCAACUAGCUCGCGACAAUGGUCGAACUCCAGUUCAGUGGAACGGCUCCAAGAAUGCAGGCUUUACUACAGGUGAACCGUGGAUGAAGGUAAAUGAUAAUUUUCCGGAUGUGAACGUACAAGCUCAAGAAGGUGAUCCAAAAUCUCUCUUGGUCUUUUGGAGAAGGUGCUUAAAAAUGAGAAAAUUGUACAAGAAUUACUUCAUCCAUGGAAAACUAAACAUCAUUGAUGAGAAUAAUGAAGAUGUUUUUUACUACUCAAAGCAAAGUGGGGACCGCUAUGCUUAUGUUGCUUUAAACUUUUCACGUUCUCGACAGAAGUUUGUUAAUCAUUCCUCAAAAAAUCUUCAGUUGUUGAUUUCUAACGUUCCCUGUUCGGAUUAUCAAUGGCUAGAGCCUUUCGAGGGAAGAGUAUAUCUAAAUGAAUAG